AUGUUCUCAUCGUCGCGCCUUGAGGAGAUCAGCAUUCCAAUCGCAACCCAUUCCGCAUAUCACAAGAGAAAACUGCGCGUCGCAACUAUUGGCGCUGGGUUCUCGGGCCUGAUCCUUGCGCACAAGAUUCAACACGAACAGCCCGAGUUGCAGGAAUUCAUUGAACAUGUGAUAUUCGAGACCAAUGAUGAUAUCGGUGGGACCUGGAAAGUGAACACUUAUCCUGGCGUCCAGUGUGAUGUCCCGGCUCAUCUUUAUGCAUUUCCCUUCGAUCCGAACCCAAGCUGGUCCAAGUUCUAUGCCGACGGAGACGAAAUCCUGGAGUACAUGCAGCGAAUCGCGGACAAGUGGAACUUGAAGCGUGAUAUCCAAUUCAACUCGCGAGUCGUCGGGCUGGAGUGGCUCGAGACUGAUGGUAAGUGGAGAAUGCGGGUACGGCAGAACGAUGCGGAGGAACGAGAAGAACUCUUUGAUGUCUUAGUCUCCGCUCAAGGAUUCCUGAGUCAAUGGAAGUGGCCCUCGAUUCCAGGCCUCAACUCUUUCAAUGGCCACAAAGUUCAUUCCGCUUCUUGGGACCACGACUACGAUUAUAGCCACAAGCGAAUCGGCGUGAUAGGCAAUGGAUCUUCGGGCAUCCAGAUCCUGCCGCAAAUGGCCAAGCUAAAGGGUACAACGGUAGUCUCCUUCCAGCGAGGAGCGACCUGGAUUACUCAGUCACUAGGAGAAGUGCUCGCUGGUAAUUCAGGAAACCCCGAUUCUGAAAACCAAGACAUGAAUGGCGCGCAGUCACCCAAUGGUAAUGUUGGGGUCGAUAUGGCUGAGGUUAGUGAGAGUGACGAAGAGAUCGGGAGUAAUUUCAAUCCGAGGUAUACAAAAGCCGAUAAAAGAAAGUUCGGGGAGAAAGAGAAGCAUCGCCAGUAUCGAAAAAUGUUACAGCAGGGUAUGAACAAGGGAUUCAGAAUUUUCAAGAAGGGUUCACAGCAGAACGCCAAUUCGACUAAAGUGACAAUUGCACGUAUGCGAGCUGCACUCAAUGAGAACGACGAACUCUGCGCAAAGCUCAUACCAGACUGGACGCUCGGAUGCCGGCGCCUCACGCCCGGUGAAGGAUACCUCGAAUCCUUCCUACUACCAACAGUCACACUCGAAACAUCGCCAAUAAUCGAAAUCACAGAGACAGGCAUCUCGACCGCAUCACAAAACCACGAGCUCGACGUGAUCGUCUGCGCCACGGGCUUCGACGUCUCCCACGUCCCACACUACCCGGUGAUAGGGCGGAACGGCACGACCUUAGCGGAGAAAUGGGGCGUCGAGCCCGAAAGCUACCUGAGCGUCGCGUGCCCCGAGUUCCCCAACUACUUCAUCUUCACGGGCCCGAACGCGACCGUCGGGCACGGCACGCUCAUCACCUCGAUGACCUGGACGGCGGAUUACAUCCUGCGGUGGGUCCGCAAGAUCGCCGCUGAGGACAUCCACUCUGUGGCGCCGCGGCAGGACGUCACAGAUGAGUUUGUGCGCUACGGUGAUGAGAUCCAUAAGGGCCUGACGUGGACGGGUGGAUGCAAGUCGUGGUAUAAAAACCAUCGUGUUGACGGGCGCGUUACUGCCACCUGGGCCGGGUCUGCGUUGUUGUAUCGAGAGGUUAUCACGGCGGAGUUGCGGGCAGAGGAUUUCGAGAUUCGGUAUCGAAGUCGGAAUCGUUGGAAGGGGAUUCUGGGGAAUGGGUUUACGGCAUUGGAGGAGCGCGCUGAGCGGGCUGAUGCUGAGGGGAAGGGUGAGGUGGUGGAUCUGGCGUUCUAUCUUUGA